GGGGCAGGAGAGCCUCGCUCUAGCUGGGAACGCAGAGCGCGGGAGAGCAUGUCUGGGGCCAGCAGUUGCAGUCAGACCCCUAGCCGGGCCAUCCCCGCUACUCGACGGGUGGUCCUCGCCGACGGCGUGCAGCUGCCGCCUGGGGACUAUAGCACCACCCCUGGUGGCACACUCUUCAGCACCACUCCGGGAGGUACCAGGAUCAUCUAUGACCGGAAAUUCCUGAUGGAGUGUCGGAAUUCACCUGUGGCCAAAACACCACCCCGGGACCUGCCCACCAUUCCUGGGGUCACCAGCCCAGUCAGUGAGGAGCCCCCCAUGCAAGCCAGGCAGAGCCACCUACGCAACAGCACAGAAGACAAGCCAGCUGGUGGUGAAGAGUCACAGUUUGAGAUGGACAUUUAA